AUGAGCAAGGAAGAGGGUAAUAGUAGUUUUAAUGAAUCUCUUCUGAAAGAGGACUUCGAUCCAGCAUCAUUAAAGAUCGCCGAAUUGAAGACAGUGUUGACGAGCAAUGAGAUAGGCUUCAAAGCACAUGAUAAGAAGGCUGCGUUGGUAAAAUUAGUAGAAGAAAACCUAGAUACUAUCAAGAAAAAUGUAGAGAAGGAUGGGAUUACGACAUCUUCGCAUGGAAAGGUGAAAGUUACGAAAAAGCGUGAAAGCAGUAAGAAAAAGAGAAAGUCAGCUACUCCAGACGCGUUAGAGAAGUCAUUGGAGAAAGCUGUGCACCAUGUUAAAUCAACACCAAUAUCUACUCCGGUAAAGGAAGAGAAGGAGGAGGAAGAAGGAAAUACCAGUAAGGUGGUAGCAAAAAAACGGAAGAAAAAAUCCAAAGGAAAUGAACUGGAUAAGGAGGAAAGCCGUAGUAAAACAUCAAAGAAGAGGACUAAAGGUGAUGAAAGUGAUGUGGAAGAGGGAGAGAAACCAGAUAAAAAGGCUCGUAAGACUAAGAAGAAGAAAAAUGUAUCAAAAGAGGGAUCUCACGAUAUCAAAUCGGCCACCGGUUCUCCAAUUACGAAGAAAAUUACCAAAAAAUCUCCUAUCAAAUCUCCUCAUAGAUCUUUGAUAAUAGAUAAAUUCGAGUCGUCUGACGAUGCAUCUGAUGAUUCUGGGAAAGAUGAUAGCUUUGUUAACUUUUCUAUCAAAAGGACUUCUAAAUCUAACAGUGCUAUUCAUUCUAGCCCUAAAAGUGGCACCGCUAGUGCAGAUAUUAGUGCAGAUGCCAGUGGAAGAACUGUGACUCGGUCGAACGAGUCUACCAAAAUCAUGGAGACUCCUCAGGAAUCUACUCCAAUCAAGCUAAACUCAAAGAGCCCAAGGGCAAACAAUGCACUAAGAGAAUUGGAAAACCAGGUUGAACAAGAAGAAUUGGAAAACCCUCAAAGGCGAAUCCCAACCCCAACAUUUCCUACCAUUGAGGAGGUUCAAAAGUUACAAGAUCAAGUUACACGCUCAAUCAAUACCGAUAAUACUGAGGCAAGUGAGAAUGUAUCUACUAGUGAACAACAAAUCGCAACAGACCGCGAGGAAACAAGUAGAGAAGAAGAAUCAAUUAGCGGUGAUAAAACUAAAGACGAAGUUGAAGAACCGAUUGAUGAAGAAUUGCUUGAAGGUGAGGAAGAAGUGGACGAAAACUCUUCUGUCUUAAAAGGCGAAGGGAAAGAAGAAGAAGAAGAAGAAGAAGAAGAAGAAGAAGGGAAAGAAACCACUGACACAAAAAUGGCUAAGAAACAGUGUAUCAAAAAAUCUGCUAAAAGUUUAUUUACCUCUCUUGGUCACUUUUUAAUAAAGCUUAACAUCUUCCUCUUGAUAAUGUUACCAAUAAUAUUUGGUCUAUGGUACCGUGAGCAGAGAAUAGCCGUUGGAUUUUGUGGUUCAGAAAUCGAUAUCCCACUCUUAGGUAAGGAGUACACAAAUCCAUAUGUUAAGGAAUUUGAAUCGAAAUUGAGUCCGCUCAAACCAGAUUGUCUACCUUGUCCUGAAAAUGCCAUCUGUUUCCCAUAUAUGAACCUAAAGUGCAAGCCGGGAUACAUUAUAGAAAAAUCCAUUUUUUCUUUGCAUGGUUUGGUUCCGAUUCAUGAUAGGUGUAUCAAAGACUCUAAAAAGCAAAAAUUAGUUCAAGAAGUGGUGAAGAAAACACUUGAACUUUUAAGAACCAAGAAUGCUCAAGAGUCUUGUGGUGAAUGUGAAGAUGAUAUCAAAAGUGGAGUGAGUAAUGAAGAAUUAUAUGAAAUCUUUUAUGAAUCUAAGAAACCUUGGAUCAAUGAUGAGGAAUUCAACGCUCUCUGGGAACAGGUCGAAGUUGACUUGAAAGAAGAACCGGAGAUUAUUUGGAGGCAAUUACCAACAAAGUCAGGAAACCAUAAGUCUUCGGGGAGCUCCAGCGACGGUCACCCACCAGAAGGGAGUCUUGAAGUUGACGGACAGACGGGACAUUUUCAAGAAACAGGGUUUCAAAAGGGGUAUUUUCGAUCUACGUCUAAAAAGUACAUAGGUUUGAAGUGUCAGUUUGAAAGACAAGUCCACAGUACAUGGAACAGAUACCAGUGGCUAGUCGUCUCAACUUUUUCCAUUCUGGUGGCUCUCCAGAUAUUGAAAAGGUAUAUCUCUAAGAAGUUACAAGAGAGAGAGAUGAUAGAGAAAAUCUCCGAGCAGGUGAUCAAAAGAUUACAGCAAGUUGUGAUAAAAAAAAUCCAACCAAGCUACAUGUCGUCAGUCCAAUUGAGAGAUUUGAUCUUGAAGGAUGUCAACGAUUUGAACGAGAAGAACAGAAUAUGGACUGCGACCACCAAGAGAUUAGACUCAAACACCAACGUGAAGUCCACCCUAAUGGAGAUUCACGGUGAGAUCAUGAAAUGUUGGGAAUGGAUUGGCGUACUACCUAUAAACGACGACGAUAAUAAGACCGAGCAAACAGAGAAUGCAAACGUUGCAGCCUGA